AACGAGGAAGAAGAAGAAUUCAGGGAAGGAGGAAGAAGAGACGAGGAAGAGGAGGAGGAAAGAGGAUUUGCACCUGGGCCCCUCUUCCGAAAAGGCUCCCGGAGGGGCUUGCAAAGUACAAGCGGACCUCCCUGCACAGCCCCUGAGAUGCGCCGCGGCCCUCGGAGACGCCCGUCUCGACCCCUGAGCUGAGCCUUCCAGCGCCGCCACCAUGAAGGUGCUGGUGGCCAAGGUGCUGUGCCUGGUGGGCGUCUUCGUGCUGAUGCUGGCUGGCUCCCUGCUGCCGGUCAAGAUCCUGGAGGCCGACCAUGAGAAGGCCCACCGGUCCCGGAGGGCCAUGGCCCUCUGCAACUCCUUCGGUGGAGGCGUCUUCCUGGCCACCUGCUUCAACGCUUUGCUUCCCGCCGUGCGAGAAAAGCUCCAGGAGGUGUUGAAGCUGGGCAACAUGACCACGGACUACCCCCUGGCGGAGACGCUGAUGGUGCUGGGCUUCUUCAUGACGGUGUUCGUGGAGCAGCUGGUGCUGACCUUCCGGAAGGAGAAGCCGUCCUUCAUCGACCUGGAGACCUUCAACGCCGGCUCGGACGUGGGCAGCGACUCGGAGUACGAGAGCCCCUUCAUCGAGCCCUCCUGGGGGCGGGGCCACGGGCCCCACGGGCCCCACCCCGGCCACGCGGGCCACGCCCACGGCCUCAACGUCCACGAGCUGUCGCGCUCCGGCCCACUGCGCCUCUUCAGCCUGGUCUUUGCCCUGUCGGCCCACUCCGUCUUCGAGGGCCUGGCCCUGGGCCUGCAGGAGGAGGGCGACGCGGUGGUGAGCCUCUUCCUGGGCGUGGCCAUCCACGAGACGCUGGUGGCCGUGGCCCUGGGCAUCAACAUGGCCAAGACCGGGCUGGCGCUGCGGGAGGCGGCCAAGCUGGCCGUCACGGUCAGCCUGAUGAUCCCGCUGGGCAUCGUGGUGGGCCUGGGCAUCGAGAGCGCCCGGAACGUGGCCAGCAGCGUGGCCUCCGUGCUGCUGCAAGGGGUGGCGGGCGGCACCUUCCUCUUCGUCACCUUCUUUGAGAUCCUGGGCAAGGAGCUGGAGGAGAAGAGCGACCGGCUGCUCAAAGUGCUCUUCCUGGUGCUGGGCUACACCGUCCUGGCCGGGCUGGUCUUCUUCAAGUGGUGACCGGCGUUGGCGUCCGCCGCGGGCCCUCGCUUCUGUCCCGGCGCCGGAGAGUGGGCUGCUCACGAGGAGGAGCGGCGCGGCCCCUCCCGCCCGCCCGCCCCAGGCUCUUCGCACCCUCAGGGAGAAAUUGGCGGCUGAGCCAACCACGGCGCCUGUGGAACAUGCUAGGGAAAAAUACAGCCACACACACAGACACACGCGUGUAUCUAUGUCUGUAUUGAGCGGCGGCUGAUGGGGCUGGUUGAUCCUGCGGCGCCCGGGAGGCAGAGGAGGGGCCGCCUCCGUCUCGGGCGCACGACCCCGCCGAGGGGCCCCCAUUCCGCCUUUUCCUUUC